ACUGAAUAGUUUUUAUCGUACGUGUGAUACCAUCGCGCCCAGUUUGCAGUUUUAAAUGACGGACUAUAUUUGAACUGCAAUCGCAGUCAGUGGACCAUACAAGUAGUGUUAAAUUAGCCCUGUUAAGGCCGGUGUGGAAAGAAGAAAAUACAGCAGACCGCGCGAAAGUUGCGAACGAUCGACGACGACGACAAGAAGGAUCAUUGGAUCACAAGCCAGAGCCAAUUCAGACAAAAUGGAAGUCGAAGCACGACCUGUGCAGGUGGUGGAGACGGGCGAAGAUCACAGCUUUGUGCUGAACGAGGAAGCCCUGUCAGAGAUCCUGAUGCAGCCCAGCGUUAAGGACCGGGCGAUCGUGGUGGUGUCCGUAGCUGGCGCCUUCCGAAAGGGUAAAAGUUUUCUGCUCGACUUCUUUCUGCGCUACAUGUACGCUAAGUAUGUGCAUAAACAGAGUGUUUUGGAAUGGUUGGGCGAUGAAGACGAGCCACUGUCCGGGUUCUCGUGGCGUGGUGGCAGCGAACGCGACACUACCGGUAUUCUGAUGUGGUCCGACAUUUUCCUGCACGACCGAGCGAACGGCGAAAAGCUAGCGAUCAUACUAAUGGACACACAGGGCGCGUUCGACAGUCAGAGCACGGUGAGGGACUGUGCGACCGUGUUCGCCCUGAGCACAAUGCUCUCGUCCGUGCAGAUCUACAACCUGUCACAAAACAUCCAAGAAGAUGACCUACAGCACUUGCAGCUUUUCACAGAGUAUGGCCGCCUGGCGCUGGCCGAUUCGGGCAAAAAACCGUUUCAGCGAUUGCAGUUUCUCGUGCGCGACUGGAGUUUUCCAUACGAGGCCGAGUAUGGGGCGCAAGGCGGUCAGGUGAUCCUGCAACGAAGGCUUGAAGUGUCGGACCGACAGCACCCGGAGUUGCAGUCACUGCGGCGACACAUUACCUCCUGUUUCACCGAGAUCGCCUGCUUCCUGAUGCCACACCCCGGUCUCACGGUCGCAAUCAAUCCCAGUUUCGAUGGGCGGCUGUCAGACAUUACGCCCGAGUUCAAGCAAAGCCUCCGGGAGCUGGUGCCGAUGCUGCUCGGGCCGCACAACUUGAUCGUGAAGGAAAUCAACGGCCAGAAGGUGAAAGCGCGCGAUCUGGUGCAAUACUUCAAAUCGUACAUGGCGAUCUACAAGGGCAACGAGCUGCCGGAACCGAAGAGCAUGCUGGUGGCAACGGCCGAAGCGAACAACCUGACGGCGGUGGCGGCCGCCAAAGAGAUCUACACGCAGCUCAUGGAAGAUGUGUGCGGUGGCACCAAACCGUACCUCAGUACGGGCCACCUGGACUCGGAACACAGUCGUAUCAAGGAGAAAGCAAUGCAUCAGUUUUCCUCGAAGCGAAAAAUGGGCGGCGAAGAAUUUUCGGAAAAGUACCGCGAAAAGCUGGAACAAGAUUUGGACGUCACGUUCGAGACGUUCCGGGCGCACAAUGAAAGCAAAAACAUCUUCAAAGCAGCCCGGACACCGGCCGUCUACUUUGCCAUCGCCGUGGUCAUGUACAUCCUGAGCGGCAUCUUCGGCCUAGUGGGGCUCUACACGUUUGCCAACUUUGCCAAUCUCAUCAUGGGUGUUGCACUGCUCACCCUCGCGACCUGGGCCUACAUCAGGUACAGCGGCGAGCUGGGUGAUUUCGGUGUACGGUUAGACGAGAUAGCGAGCAUGCUGUGGGAAAAUAUUAUGAAACCGAUCUAUCAAUCGUGUAUGGAGAAGGGUAUCCAGCACGUAGCAACUCACGCAACGGAAUACGCUAUAAGCGGUGGUGGCGCUCCUUCGGCCAAUUCCGGAAGACGCCAGCUAAACGGCAAAGUGAAGCACUCUUGAGAGUACGCUUUGUUGACCGCGGAACGACGUCGUUCCGCGAGCAUCGUCGGCAGCGGCGGGAGGAGCAUGCUAGCGAACCGCUGGAUGCCACCAUUAUCAUCAUUCGGCUGGCUUCGGGAAACAACACGAUCAUGGUGGUCACCUGGGUCCUGGUGGACUCGCGACGAGGACAAAGAAAGAGCGAACACUAGAUCCCAUUAUGACAUUACAAUUGGAGUAUCGACGAUCGCAGCAGAAGACAGGGAUUACAACAGCCAGCAGUGGCCACUAGCCACCACCACCAACAGCCAAACGUUAGUGUCGUCCUGUAUUGCAACAAAGAACCGCAGUUGGACUGCGGCGGGCAGUAGUAACAAACGAAUCGCAUACAACAGCAGCAUGAAGCCGGAAUUCCUUCGCGAAGCCGAACGCCAGCAUCGAUACCGCAACGACGCUAGCAGCAGCAAUGGGGCGCUCGUUACAAACGAUAGCAUCAGUAGGUUUAGUAAAUUUAUCAAUAUCAUUAAGGACACCUUCGGCAGCAGCAGCAGCAACAACUACGAACCGCUAAUCGAGCAGCAGCACCACGGCAAUAGUAUAAGCAGCAGCAUUGGCGGUAAUAGUAGCACACGCCCACUGGUAAUAAGAGCAUCAUCCGGCACACCCAAAACAACAUACACAGCACGCUCGUCGGAUCAGUUCGGUUUUGCGGUUCCGUCCGCAUUUAGGAUUCAUAAGCGAUUUUUGUAAAUGGGACUAAUCGGAGAUGCUGUUGCAUGGUGCGGGCACGUUGAGCUCAUCGCCAAUCCUGUUGUGAGCUUUCGAUUUUUCUCUCGGUCUUUUUAUAUAUCCCUCACUUGUGCUCGUAUUUUGCGGAUCUGCAUUUUUGACGUAGCAACAUACAAUUUGCAAUUUGCAACAUUUUCUCAUUUUUCGAGCAAAGAUUGAGCAUUUUGAAUCCAUUUUUGUAGCCAAGAGAAGAUGUUGUUUCUUUGUUGUUAAAACUGUGUUGAUGUUAGACCCGUUUUGCUUUGUGUUAGAAAAAGGAACUUCUUUGCAACUUUAGUAUCGGAAAUUUUGAUGUCUUUCUCAUGUAAUUGUAUAAACCGAACCGAACUUGUUUGAAAUUGAACAAAGUCCACAAACGAUCAGAUAAUGUGCCAAAAGGGAAAAGAACUCUAUCGCAGACGAAACUAAUGACCGCGGAGGUUCGCAAAACAGGGGAAACCCCGAAAAAGAAGGAGAGAGUGCAAUCCGUUAACUUUUGAAACUUGUUUUUGAAUGACAUCUUUUUUUAUUCAUCAUGUUGCGAGGUCCAGCCCGAUGCGGCGCAGUUGUCUAGAUGCAACCCACACACGGAUUAGUUCUUGCACACGAGAUAACUUCGCUGCCUAAAGAACAAAAUGCAUUAUUUCUUGCCAACUUUGCGCUUCUCUCUAGCCCUGGCUUUAGCGCACUGCACGAAACAUCAUAAAACAUGGCUCCACCGCCUGCAGAUGACCAACUGUGCAAAUACAAUUGAGGACAGGCCCCCCGUCUCGUGACGUUAAACCGAAGCGGAAAAGAAAAACUGAAUAACGGACCGAGCACAUCUCGCCCCAGAUAUCGCCAUCGCCAUUCAAACGAAUUGAUUAUGUUUUUGAUAGGAUAUGUUUUCAUUUGUACGUUUUUUGUAUCUUGUUAUAUGUGUACGAUUAGCCUGUAGGGUGCAAAGCAAAAAUUUACGAGUACUUGUACAUACAUAUAAAUACUGCUGUAUCAUGUCGGACGAUCGAAACAAAAGGAAAGAACCAACAAAUGGAACUGCUGUUUAAAAAUGUUUACGUUUUCUACUUUUAUUGAUGAUCCAGAUCCCAACGUUGAAUGUUCGUCGUCGUCGUUGUUCCGUCGUAUUUCCCCUUUUUGUGUUUUUAAACCGUAUUUUAAUCCAUCUUUACAUGUGAUUCCGACUUCUUGCGAUGCAUUUUACGCUCUUUCGCAGCCGGUGUGUCCCGCACAGAAGC